UGGCUCCAGUCACCUUUUGCGGACGCCACACCAGUUGGAUCUCCAAAGUUGAGAGUCGUCCAUGAUACGCUGUUGGCAUCGAUGGUUGUUUUUCCUGGCUUUGUCCAUGGCGGAACGCUGUGAAGAGGACAGCUCGUUGCUUCAGACACGAUCCGAUGGAGCUCUACAAUCGGGGCAACGGCCAUGCGAAGCGGAGCUACGACCAUGCAUGUUCAAGCUUUGCAUGCCAAAUGAUGUCCAAACACGCCGAGAGAAAAAAGACAAAAAGGUAACCUGGACCCUUCUAACUUCGAACUCACCCCAGAUAUAUAUAUCCUCAAGAACCACCUGUUUAGAACCUGUGGCUCCCUCAGGCAAUGUUAUGCCAAUGGUGUCCAGUGUCCAGGAUUGUUUCCGAGAUCUGACUCUUCAACUGUGACUUUCAACAUGACCUCCUUGUGCGUCCAUGCUUUCGGCUUGUGAGGAUCUGAAUGCUAUCAAUGGUGAGGGAUGGUGGAUGGUGGACGUCACUGUAUUUCCACUCGGUGAUUCCACUUGGCACACAUCCUUUGGGAAUGUUGGAAAAAACAGACCGAAGCCUCAGAACUCAACGAUCGUCAACGAGUGCUACAUUGAGAUACAUGGAGUAAAUGGCUCAGUCAACAACCCCAGGUCAACUCAACUUAGAUGGAGUAUUCUGGAACUGUGUUUGUUAAGCCUAUGUACUGGGAUGCUCAAGACCCUGACUUCUCAGAGGACCAUGAACCCCGCUUUUCAGGACCUCAAUGCCCUGAGCUUCACCAGCCUCAGUUGCAAAGGUUUUAGCUGCAGUGGUGUUCAAGUGGAGCUGACCCAAGACUUGCACUGCACCUCCGACUCCACGAACCCGCCCGCCACCUGUGGCCACGGCAACUUCUCCUUCGUGGCGGAUCAGAUGCGAAGGGAACAUGUGGUCAAGUGUGGCGGCUCCGCAUGUUAUGCUGCCGACUUCAGCUUCGUUUCCUCCAACAUUCGCUUUACCUGCGACUCCAACGGCUUUGACUCUUCGGGUGCUUGCAACAGGUCCAGCAUUGCAUUGUUGGAAUCCAAGACGUGCUUGGACCUCAUUUGCGGCGAGAAUGAUUGCAAAGGUGAGGGCUUGGACCAGAUUCGUGUACGCAUCACUGACCCAGAAACCUCCAAGUGCUACUACCAGGGCCCGGAGCAUCGACGACCCAGCAUGUGUACUGCCACGAAGUCCCAUCAGUGCCCAACAACUUCGCGAGCACGACCGUGCUGCAAAGACGCUGAAGAGACGGAUUGUGCAGAAUGCUGCACCAUCAGGAGCUUAGGGUCAGGAUUUAUACAAGCAAUUGCCAGAGAACGCGCAAUGGGCACAGAUACCAUCACAGCCACUCCCACAACGACCAUGUAUACCUCCAUUACCCAGAUACUACUGAGAACCACCAGCUCUACAUCUGCCGCCACCACCAUCACACAGAUCCAACUGACCACCACCACCAGCACAGCACCCCCCACCACUGCAGCUCCAACGCCGCGUCGUGAACGACGCGCCAAACGCCGAGCGCAGCGGCGACAGCAGCGCCAGGCGAGGAGGCGGUGACAGCCGGGCCCACGGAAGCUUCCAAAGCUUCAGUGACCGAAAGGGGACGGUUCGACCGAAAGAACCCGCCUAUAUACCCCCCCAAAAAAGAAGGUUCCUUGCUUUGAAGGUGAAGGAGGUCCCCCAGUAUGGGCCCUCCUACGUUCGAUUGAGCGAGUGAAGAGGAUCAAUGCACCGGACUUCCCACAAGUGGACGCGAGAAAAGGCGAGGCUUGCUGCUCCAGUCCCU